AUGACCACCCUGCGACGGGGUUCCAGCGUGCUGAAGCCCGGUGUUCGUGAAAGACAGCGCGAGUUGGAGACGGUCAUAACAAAAUACGAGCUUUUGCUCGUGAUCGGCCGAACCAAGAACCCUGACUUCGAAUCGAUCGAUCUACCCCAAAUCAUCUUCCGUCUUGCAGAAUGCCGACUCUAUUUGAUUCGCCUUCAACGAACAGCGUGGCAGAUCGAUCAGCACGCAGAGCAGCCCACCCAGCCUAGUAGGGAUGAUAUGGAAGAUGAAGCCGUUGACUCGGCUGAAACAAUGCAGACCACACUCCAUGAUAUGCUAGAGAAGACUCGACGAUUGUACCAGCUUCCAGAGGUGAUCAGAAGUGUUUUGUCUGUGCAGGGAGAAGUGCAAGUGCUAAUUGAAACCGGAGAGCUGUUCACAUUUUGUGGGAACCAUGCAAAUGCGAUGGCUGCAUAUGCGGAGGGGAUUCGACUGUGCUACAAUAUCGAAGACGAAGCGACCGAGGCGAUUAUGACGUCGAAAUUGCGGAAGCUUCAGCGCCAUGCAGACGCUGCAGUUCGCGGGGAGGCGCUCGUGGUCAAACGUGCUUCGGAUGGCGAUAACAAUGCUGAGAGCGAGCGAAGUAAGCUGAAAGCAGCAUUUGAGAAGGUUGCUGAUGCCAACGGAUUUCUGGUGAAGGCCCAGCUUCAAGUGUUGUCGGAAGAGUUGGGCAUGCAAGUGGCUUUAACCGCAAGUGAAAUCGACAAGAUGUGGAUGCAGAUGCAGCAGCAUGUCAAGAACGCGAGCAGACAAGAUGACGCUCAGAUAUCAAGCGAGAUUUCGUUUGAGACCUUCUGGAGAUGGUGGGUAUCUAACGCCGUGUACGACCACAUGAGUCACCAGCUUUGA